AGGCCAGAGGCGGCGGCGGGAGGAGGGUUCGCGUCCCUCCGUCGGUCCAUCCGAGGGAGGGAGGAAGCUGCGGCGCUUCUCCUCCAGUCCCGCCGGGCAGUGGAUGGGGAGAUGCGGCUCCUGGCCUUGGCCCUGGCGUUCCUGGCGGCUCGGGCUCCGGUCCCGGAUAUUUGUGAAGCCCUCAAUGUAACAGUCUCACCAGGACCAGUUGUCCAGUAUUUGGAGGGAGAAAACGCAACCCUUUUUUGUCAUGUUUCCCAGAAAAGACGGAAGGACAAUUUCCUGGCCAUCCGUUGGCUUUUUGCACUUUCUCCAUCACAGGAAAAGCUAAUGAUCAAAAUGACAAGACUGAAGAUGGUUCAGUACUAUGGAAAUUAUAGCCGGAGUUUUAACCGUCAGAGGCUUCGCCUCCUGGAAGAAAGGUACGGGAGACUGUACAGCCUCUCUGUUCUAAACCUUCAGCCAACAGAUCAAGGCAGGUACAUAUGCAAAGUCCACGAAGUCGGCAAGCACAAGAGUAAAUGGACCACGUGGUCGAACGGCACGGCAGCCACAGAAAUCAGAGUUAUUUCUCCCAAAGCAUCAGAUGAUUCCACUUUUGAGAAAAAGAAAGAGACCUGGGCAUUUUUUGAAGAUCUCUACAUGUACGCUGUACUCGUGUGCUGCAUUGGCAUCCUCAGUGUCCUCCUCUUCACUUUGAUUAUUCUUUGCCAGUCUCUGCUUAACAAGAGGAAAUCGAGAGUGAAACAUUAUUUGGUGAAAUGCCCCCAGAACAGCUCAGGUGAGACAGUCACCAGUGUAACAAGCUUGUCACCUCUCCAACCAAAAAAGAUGAAGAAGAGGAAAGAGAAGCCUGAUGUCCCUCCUGCAGUUCCUGCCAAAGCUCCAAUAGCUAAUUCUUUCCACAAACCAAAGUUGCUGAAACCACAAAGAAAAGUUAUCCUGCCAAAAAUCACAGAGGAAAGCUUAACAUAUGCCGAAUUGGAGCUGAUUAAACCCCACCAGGCAUCCAAGGGCCUCCCCACCAGCACCGUCUAUGCCCAGAUCCUUUUCGAGGAGAACAAGAUGUAAACCUGCCUCCCAGCAUCUGCCUCCCAGGGUUUUUCUCAAUGUCCUAUUUAAUACUUAUCAGGCCCGUUAUUUAUGAAACCUCAGAAACAAAGUCCUUAUUUUUGUACUUUUUACUUUUACACUUCUGUGUUGUUGUGGGGCCUUUUCUUCAGUAACAUCCCUAGUGAUGUUUAAAGGAGGUACAGAGUUGUCUCCUGACAAAGAGACAGAAACCCCAGCCUUCAGUCUCUUCUCUAAAGGAAUGCAUGAGGGAUUUGUCUAUUUUCUUUUUUUCUUUUUCUUCCUUCCUCCAUCUUUCCCUCCCUCCCUCCCUCCUUCCUUCCUUUUU